CGGCCCCUUUGAACCAAUACCCAUCCAUCCCCACUCCUCCCGAAACCACUCCCCUUAAAGCACCCCAAGCAUGGCCUACCGAGCUUUUCGCCCGUCCAGCUUCUCAGUCACGCUGUGAACACCGGGUAGACAGGUCACACCGUUUCAAAAUAACCGCGCAGAAAGAGACAGUGACGUAACGUUCGGGGAGAUGUGCUUCUGAAGGUUUUUUUACCGCGAUUACGUUACAGUGUUUCCGGCACACCAAAAUGAUCAACCCUUUUAUGGACCACAACCACCUGGCUGCUACUUACGGGAUCAGGAUGAGCCCGAAUCACAACGGGGGUGGCGCUACUGUGCCUACGCCGCACCAGAACGCCGCCGCUGCUAUGGCAGGUCCGGAGGCUCAAGGUCACCACUUCCAGACCAACUACGGCCAUUUGAACCACUUUAACGCACACCACUCAGGAUACGCGACUAGGGACUUUUUGAUCAGAAGGGAUCAGCAUGAGUUCCCUGCUGCUCAAACAGCCCCCAGUGAAUCUCUUCUUUUUCACCACGAUAUGUCACAUCAGCACCAUCUGACACCACACCACCAGCUGAUGUACACCAGGUCUGAUCCUCACUCAGCGUAUCACCCACAGACAAAUCAUCACCAAUACCUCAGCUCUCAUAUGAGCCAUAUGGCUCAUCAUAACAACUAUGAGGGUGCUUUCUUCAGGUACAUGAAACCGGAGGUGAAAAAGGAGAUGCAAUGCCUUUGGAUUGAUCACGACCAGGCUCAGAAGAAGAUAUGUGGGAAGCACUUUUUGGCAAUGCAUGAAAUCGUGACGCAUUUACAGGUUGAACAUGUUGGCGGGCCUGAGUGCACCGUGCAUGCUUGUUAUUGGCAGAACUGUUCAAGGAACGGGAAACCGUUCAAGGCGAAAUAUAAGUUAGUGAAUCACAUCAGGGUACACACGGGUGAAAAACCAUUUUCUUGUCCGUUUCCGACGUGUGGGAAAGUUUUUGCACGCAGCGAGAAUCUGAAGAUACAUAAGAGGACGCAUACGGGUGAAAAACCAUUCAAAUGCGAGUACGCCGGCUGCGACCGAAGAUUCGCCAACUCCUCCGACAGGAAAAAACACUCCCACGUACAUACCUCAGACAAACCGUACAAUUGUCGAGUAGCAGGCUGUGAUAAAUCCUACACACACCCCUCCUCCCUUAGGAAACAUAUGAAGGUCCACGGCAUGUCCGGAAGGUCACCAAGAAGCUACGACAGCGACGGCGAAGAAUCCAACACCUCUUCCGUGGGAAGCAUCUCCAUAGCUGCCAGUCCCCAAAUAACUCAUCCUCCUCUGAACAAUAACGCAUCAAGUAUAGGAGAUUGGUAUGCGAAUUACCAACCCAAUAAUUCCCCCCCUGACUCAAUCACGGGUCUUGGAACGUUUGCAAACAUACCACCGCCAUACUGACAAUAGUUGAUACCCUUCCUUAAAGAAGACUGUAUAUAUUCGACUGUACAUUUUGAACCGUAAUUAUAAAUUAGGGUUUUAAAGAUGAAAUUUGAAAUAAUGGUUAUAAUGGCAACACUGUACUGAGCACAAAAUGACAUUAGAAAUGUCAAAAAUAACACACACUGUUGCCAUUAUAACAACUUCAAAUUAUAUCAUUCCUAUUGGAGAACCCUUGAGAAUGAACUUAUAUUUUGUGAUAAGGAAGAGGUUAAGAGUUGAUGCAGAGUUACCUUCAAUUACUGACUGCAGAGAUGACUCUUUGACUGAGCACGUUGAUCAUAAUGUUGAUUGAUAUUGACAUUAUUUAAAUUCUUGUUUCAUAUAUGAGAUUUUUAGUCAUUAAUAUUCGUAUAUUGAUGACCAUGGACGAUCUUGAAUUGAUUGGUUAUAAACGCAAUUCUUUCUCAUCUGCAACUUCACUUUUCUUUGUUCAUUUUGAAUCUUCAAUCUUCGUUUCAAUCAAAUAAUGAAUUUUGGAGAUAUAUUCACUAAAUCAAGCAGUACCUUGCCUUUUUACCGUUUAAUGAAUACUAAUAAAAGUUCAAUUUGACCAUUAUCCAGCGAUAGAUUCUUAGUUAAUGAAGAAAUUAUCAAGAAAAAAAAUUAUAACUAUCUCGAUUUGACAACAAUGUAUUUCAGUAUUUUUCUUAUUUCAAUUUGCUUGUUUGGUCAUCUACGAGUAUCCUUCUCCAAUAGGCUAUUUGACAUAACGCAAAAUAAUUUAUUCCUCACGAAUUAAACUGAGAACAAUGAUGUAUAUUGAAAUAGUAAUGAGUUUAUUACUUGCUUCAAAACAAUUUUCAUAACAGUGAACAGUUGAAAUAAUAAUGAAGAAAAAUGUUUUUUCCAUAUCGAUUGUUUACAGUUUGAUUUGAAAAAAUAUCAAAUAGCUUAUUGACUAUAGUCAUUCAACAGUUUUAGGUCAAGUCAAAGACUCAUUCUAUGCAGUUGAAAAUAAAUUUCCACAGAGUUUUCAUUACGUAUAUUUGUUAAUAUUGUUGAGUGAAAUGUCCUUGAUUCCAUUUGUUUCAAAAUUAAUGUAUCAGAAAGUGUCUCUUGUAUGUUCUUGUUUUUUUUUUGUUUUUCGACUAAAGGCAUAAUGUUUUGUCUCUCACCGACGUUGCCUUUCUCAAGCAGGCAAGCUUUUUGUCGCCUAUUUAAAUACAUAUUAUAGUCUCUUAUAAUAAUCAAUAUUCAAUUGUUAUUGAUUUGAAAAAUUUUUAUUCGAAUUAUACUUUCAACAUGAGAACUUAUUUGAACAGGACUGAAUGAUUUUGUUCCUUCAUCUGAAAUGUACUUCAAGCAAGAACUGUGAUAAUUUUCCAGAUAUAAAAAAUUGUUUCAGUACUUAUAUAUAGGCUUAUUUCGAUUCAUAAUAUAGGUAGCUUUUGAAAGAUUGAUUUGUGCAAUUUUUUGAAUUCGAUCAUGAUUUGCCUCUUCUUGUUUGUAAUUUUUAAGAAUUGUAAAUAUGUAUAUAUGUAAUUUAUGGAAUCAACAAAUAAAUCCCUAUUAUGGUUGAAUUCUGAAACUAUUCUUCCUGUUUUGGAUGUCUAUAUUUUGUGAAAUGUACAAAGGAUUUAAUGUAAAUAAUAAAUAUCUUGUAUCUAUCAGGGAUCUCUGUAAAUCUUUAAAUCCAAAUCGAUAACUACUAUUUUAAAUUGAAAUGAUUCUGAAUAAAUUAUGA